GCGCCCCGCCCUUUUUUUUCUUGCGCCCUCCUGCCCGUAUUUAGCGCCAUUCGAUGUGUAACUGCGCCACUCUAAAUGCCCUUUGUGAAGCCCCGCCCUAUUCCACUAAUCACGCGCCGAAACUGCGAUUGAUUGACAAGCAAUUAAAGCAUCAAUCGGCCGUUUCUCGCUAUCGCUAGUUAUGUCAUGUAAUCAAGGUCGCGUGUCUGUGUGUAUUGAUCCGUGUACAUUAAACAGGGUGCAAGUUUAUCGAGUCGAUUACAUAAAUGUAUAUGCGGCGAGUGUUUGUCAUCGAAAUUGAUUGGGAUAAUUGUUGUUUUUCGCAGAAAAAAGCGACCGAUUGUAAGAAAUGUUGGAAAGUAUUUUAAUUAAGGAUUGUUUUUGUCACGUCGGCAAGCAUCUGAGGAUUAACUGGAAUUAAUUUAAACGGUAAUUAAAAGACAAACAGACAGUGAUACACAAGACACAGCACCCAGCAGUGAAUCUUUGCCUAACCAGUGUGUGUCGUCACCGCCUGAAUCACAAGAUACUAGUAAUGUUGUUCAAGAGCAAGAGCCGGAAAACAACCUCCAAGAAAAGUUGAAUGUCAACGCCAACCAAACACCCAGAGUGAUUCGUAAAGCAAAACACAAGCUAGGGUUUGACAUAGAAUGGACACGCAACAGACCAUGGUUGUUACAUAAAUUAGAAAUGAUAAAUGAAAAAAGUGUUGAGGUCAUGAUCUGUACUUUGUGUCAGAAACAUAAGACAUUAGGGAAAAACGGAAGUGAUUCAUGGUCAAAAUCAGGUUAUAAAAGCCUCCGUCUUGAUAAGGUGAAAGAGCAUGAGGAUUCUUCUCAACACAAAGAAGCUGUAACUCUUGAAACAAAGUCACAAGUAACAAUUGAAGACUCCAUAACAGAAAAAACACCACUAAGUGAGAAGGAGUUUGAAGCAGUACUGUGUGCCACAAAAUGUGUACAUUUCUUGGUUAAACACAACAUACCAGUAACAACUGUCUAUGAAGACUUUAUUAACUUUGCCAUCAAUGACCUCCAAAGCCCCAUUCUCGCUAAUCUUUCCAAAGGUAAAAAUGCUACAUACAAAAGCCGUACAACUGCCACAGAACUGCUCACAGCAAUGUCUGAAGAUAUCGAAGAGACACUUAAACAGAGAGUGAAGAAAAGUCCAGCCUAUGCUAUUAUGACAGAUGAAGCCACAGACAUCUCCAAUAAAAAACAUCUAGCUUUCUGUGCAAAGUAUGUCGACGAAGCAGGUGAAAUAAAGGUUGACUUCAUCAAAGAUGUAAGAGUUGAUAACGGCAAGGCUGAGACAAUAUUCAAGGAAACUGUGGAAUUAGUCCAAGAUGAAAUAAGGGUUGACAACUUUGUAGCAUUCGGAAGUGAUGGGUGUAAUACCAUGAUAGGGGAAAAAAGUGGUGUGACAACGAGACUGAAGGAAGUUAAACCAGAACUAGUUACAGUACACUGCCAUAAUCACAGACUAGCCUUAGCAGCAAAAGACAGUUUUCAAUCACUAAAAGAGUUUCAAGAAACUGACGAAGUUCUUUCCAGUGUACAUAAGUACUACAAGUCAUCAUCAAACCGAACAACCUCACUAGAAAAACUUCAAAAUGUCCUUGAAGAUUGUGACACAAAACGUGUGAAACAAGUUGCACAUACGCGCUGGCUUUGUCAUUACGACGCGGUGACAUCUCUGAAAGAUACAUAUGCUGCAGUAAUAAUGGAUCUUGAGAACGCUGUAGAAUCAGGGAAUGAUAAAGUUAGAAUAGGGUCUGGGCCAUCAGCAAGUGGUCUUGCCAAGAAACUUAAAUCGUACCAAACAGUCCAUAUCAUUCACUUCCUCUGUGACGCACUGAAGCCAUUGACUCAAUUGGCUCUGACUUUCGAGACAAAUAACAUUGACUUGUCAGUGAUAAAACCAAAGAUGGAUUCCACAGUCUCUGCGUUAAAAAAGUUGAAAACAUCGCCAGGAGUUAGCUUGCGCAAGGCAUCAAAGCUAAUGGAUGACUUCGAAAUAAGUCCCACCGAACAAAAAAGAAGUGUUGUACAUGCAGCUGAAAACAAAUUCAUUGACAAUCUUAUAGACAACAUAGAGAGUCGGCUAGAGAAUAGUGAUAUUAUUGACGCAAUGAGCAUAUUUAACAUGUCAGGGAAAGGGUCUUUUGAUGGAAAUGAUGAAAUUGAACUGUUGGCUGAACACUUCAGUGAGGAUGUAGACUCUGCUUUGUAUGAGUGGGAUUCACUCAAAGACUGUGUAGCUGAACUUGAUCCAGUGGUGAAAAACAGUCCCUCAGCCCUCCUUAAGACACUUAUGACAGUUUCCCCCACUACCGGUAACACCUAUCCUGUUGUGACAAAAUUAUGUUCAACAGCCGCUGUUCUCCCCGUCAGCACUGCUGAGGUUGAGCGUGUAUUCUCAAGUGUAAACAGAAUUGUGACAGACUUAAGAAAUAGAUUAAGUGUGGAAAACACAAAUAAACUUCUGCAUGUGAUAAAAAAAUGACCAAUACAUCAAUUACCAAGCAGUGGUUAAGAGAUGGCUGAAGGCAAAGCCUCGCAGAAUUUGAAUAUAUAUUAACAUGAUAAUAAACACAGGACUAUUUUUUCAAGCCUGUAUUUAAGGAAGUUAGUAUAUACUGAAGUCAUACUGAAUUGGAAAAUAAGUUCAUAACUGUAUUUUUGUAUUGAAGGUUUUGUGGUACAUGUAUAAUACAGUAUAAGUUUUGAAGUCUUUUUCAGUAUAAAUCUGCCACACUACUUCACUACAAUGUAGAAAAGAUUUUUGAGAAAUAAUAAGAAGUAAUUCCAGAUAAAUAUUUUUUUAAUUAAAAUGAACUUACUUCAAAAUAACAAAAUGUCACUAGAUCUAUUAUUUCUGACUGUUAUAUUCUUUGAAGACAGUGUUUUAUUGUGUUUCUUGUGUAUUUUACAAUGUAUUCAGUAUUUUACUGUUUAACUUGAGAGAUGGCUGAAGGCAAAGCCUUACAGAAUUGGAAUAUCAACAUGAUGAUAAACACACAACUAUUUUUUCAAGCCUGUUCUUUAAGGAAAUUAGUAUACUGAAGUCAUAUUAAAUCGAAGUCAAUAACUGUAUUUUUGUAUUGAAGGUUUCAUGGAACAUGUAUAAUACAGUAUAAGUAUGUGUUUUACAAUGUAUUUAGUAAUUUAUUGUUUUAGUUUUUCUGUUUGCCUUGAUGGAAAUGUACUGACAGUUUCCCAUAGUCAUAGAAGAGAAUAAUAAAUAAAAAUAUAUUGUGUUA